AUGGAGAAUUUUAGAGACAAACAGAGUACAAGCCGUCAUGAAGCGACGCGCGAAUCAAUAAAAGACGAGCUCUUCGCAGGUGUCGAAGAUGAAUUCAAUCGUCUUGCGGAACAGCAGACAAUGCACGCUAAUAUGCUUUCAGUCACUAGCCGCGGUAUCGGGUUUGGAACUACCCAUCUUACUUAUGUUGCUACCCAGUAUUCCGACAAUAUCCGUAUACCUAACAUUUAUUCACAGUAUCGAGCUUAUCUCGCACUAUUCGAAGCGAAAGUGAUGGAUUUGAUACCACACUAUCCCAUUCUACCUAGAUUUAUGAAUGACCUUCCCCUCACUGCCACAGCGGCCAGGUCGGACUCCUAG